GUGAAUCAGUGAGGGGCGGCGUCUCCCUCCACCGGCAGCAGGCUGAAGGGGGAUACUGAGAAGAGAGAGAGAGAGAGAGAGAAACACAUUUUCCACAGCGGAUCCCGCCAUAGUUUUCCUCACUCUUCCAGCACAGACCCAUCAGCAUCCACCAGUACAGCCAGUGCUCACAGUGCGACAGAGAGACAGACAGACAGGCUGCCUGCACCUCCAAUUCUCCUGGAUUUACCAGUUUUUACACUUUUAACGCAUCUUUAUAUAGGCUAGUUAGUAUUAACACGCGUUUCGUUUGCUACUUUUUUAGAUCUUCUUUUACAUAUUUUUUGUGAUUUCUCCUCUCAGUCAGUGUGGCAACAUCUUGUUGCGUUAUUAGCGGAAUCAGGAACUUUUUUAGCCGGCUUUUAAUUUGAGUUACUCCGGGCUUUAUUUUUUAAUAAUCGCUUUUGGGACUUGGAACAACAAUUGCCACCAUGCACAAGCUGUACAUUGGGAAUCUAAGCGACAGCGUGACUGCCGAGGACUUGGGGAAAACCUUCGACGAGCACAAGAUCCCGUACUCCGGACAGUUCCUAAUGAAGACCGGCUACGCGUUUGUGGACUGUCCGGACGACCAGUGGGCGAUGAAGGCGAUAGAGACGUUUUCUGGUAAAGUGGAGAUCCAGGGGAAACGUCUUGAGGUGGAGCACUCCGUCCCCAAGAAGCUAAGGACCAGGAAACUUCAGAUCCGAAACAUUCCCCCUCACCUGCAGUGGGAGGUGCUGGAUGGUCUGUUGGCUCAGUGUGGGACCGUAGAGAACUGUGAACAAGUGAACACAGAGAGUGAGACGGCAGUGGUUAAUGUCACAUAUGCAUCGCGGGAGCACGCCAGGCAAGCCAUCCAGAAGCUGAAUGGAUACCAGUUUGAGAACAACGCCCUGCGCGUCUCUUACAUCCCCGAUGAGAACUCUGAGACUGAUGGAGGCCAGCGAGGGCCCGAAAACGGCCGGCGUGGAUACGGGCCCCGGGGGGGGCCUCGCGCGGGGUCCCCGAGCUCGGGGAUGUUCAACAAGCCUCCGCACGCCGACAUCCCCCUGAGGCUGCUGGUGCCCACGCAGUACGUCGGAGCCAUCAUCGGCAAGGAGGGGGCCACCAUCCGCAACAUCACCAAGCAGACGCAGAGCAAGAUUGACGUGCAUCGCAAGGAGAACGCAGGCGCAGCGGAGAAGCCCAUCAGCAUCCACUCCACCCCCGACGGCUGCUCCUCCGCCUGCCGCAUGAUCCUGGACAUCAUGCACCAGGAGGCCAAAGACACCAAGACUGCUGAUGAGGUUCCUCUCAAGAUCCUGGCUCACAACAACUUUGUGGGACGCCUGAUCGGGAAGGAGGGCCGCAACCUGAAGAAAGUGGAGCAGGACACAGACACCAAGAUCACCAUCUCCCCCCUGCAGGAUCUGACCCUGUACAACAUGGAGCGCACCAUCACAGUGAAGGGGGCGAUCGAAGCCUGCGGCAAUGCUGAGGUGGAGGUGAUGAAGAAGGUCAGGGAGGCCUACGAGAAUGACAUCGCUGCAAUGAAUCAACAGACCCACCUGAUCCCGGGUCUCAACCUCGGUGCCCUGGGCCUCUUCCCCUCCUCCUCCAACAUGCCCCCACCCCCGCCUGGAAACGCCCCCAGUAGUGCCCCCUACGGCUGCUUCGGGGCUCCAGAGCAGGAGACGGUCCAUGUGUACAUCCCAGCCCAGGCAGUGGGAGCCAUCAUCGGGAAGAAAGGACAGCAUAUCAAACAGCUGAGCCGCUUCGCUGGAGCCUCCAUCAAGAUCGCCCCGGCUGAGGCUCCCGACUCUAAAAUGAGGAUGGUGAUAGUGACCGGACCCCCAGAGGCUCAGUUUAAGGCUCAGGGCAGGAUCUAUGGCAAACUGAAGGAGGAGAACUUCUUUGGGCCCAAGGAGGAGGUCAAACUGGAGACUCAUAUCAAGAUGGCUGCCGCUGCUGCAGGACGGGUCAUUGGAAAGGGAGGCAAGACGGUGAACGAGCUACAGAACCUGACAGCAGCGGAGGUAGUCGUCCCCAGAGAUCAGACCCCUGAUGAGAACGACCAGGUCAUCGUCAAGAUCAACGGACAUUUCUAUGCCAGCCAGCUGGCUCAGAGGAAGAUCCGAGACAUCCUGACUCAGGUCAAACAGCCCCAGAAAGGCGGGAUGGGAGACCGGGGCGAGAGAGGCGAGAGAGGAGAAAGGGGCGAGAGAGGCGAGAGAAGCGAGAGAAGCGAGAGAAGCGAGAGAAGCGAGAGAGGUGACAGGGGCGACAGGGGUCCCGGCCCCAACCCCAACCCCCAGGGCUUCACAGAGAUGGGCAGCCCUACACAGGGACUGUCUCAGGAGAGCCAGCCGCGCAGGAAGUGAGGGUCCUGCCCCCUCCUCACAUGCCGUGGGCGCCCUCCCGCCUGACGGUCGGACAGACAGACAUGGACGGAGAGACAGACGGACGGACGGAGACAGGAGAGCGACACACGGACCCAGCGAUAAACAGGGAGAGAUAUAAAGAGGGAGAGACUACGCCCGACAGCCAGGGAGGAAGAUCGGCGUUUAGAGAAGAAUAAAAUCAAAGAUGAAAUGAAUAAAAAAAGAGGAUUAAGAUAAAACGUAACUUGAGAACAGAAACCAGAUGCCAGGCCAGAAGAGAGACUGACUGAGGAUGGGGGGAUGAAGGGAAGGUGGAGAGGGGGGGCGGGACCUCCUGGUGCAGCCCCAACAGUGGAGACUCACCAGCAGGCCCCUGCUCCUCUGGCCCCCUGCAGACCUCUCCCACCAUCUGCACUCAGUCCUAUAUUUUAAGGGUGGUUUUUUAAACAUAGAGAUAUAUGUAUAGAAAUGUUUUAUUCAGAGCUAUUAUUGAUAGUAUGCAGUGAGGCAGAGCCGGGAGAGGGAGCAGGGAAACUGCUGCAGCGGCACACGGGGAUUGGUCGCAGGUGAGGCGUUAGCCACGCCCCAUAUCCCCUAGCCAAUGGAAGUCUAGAAGAGGGGCCGCAGAUGUUAACACUGCUCUUUAAAGACCUCUCCGAAUAGCGGGGAGUUUAUAAGAAAAAAAAUGAGGUUGUAAAUAUAUAAUCUUCAUGUAAAUGUUAACAAAUGCUGUGCCUGGCCGCCUUGCCUUUUAAAAAAAAAAAAGGGGUCUUUGUAUAUUUCCAAGCCCCUUGUCUCUGACAUGUAGCAUAAUGUAGCCUACGUGGAGGCGGGGGGCUGUGGAGGAUCUGAGGCCCCUCCACGUUAAGCCGUGUGGUGGAGGCGCAGCAGGAGACAGUAAGGAGAGCGAGGUUGCAGCGGGCCCUGCAGUUCUAAUGCAGCGGCCCCGCUACGCUUUAUACAACAACUUCAUACAAACAGCCAGCAGCUAUGCUAGCUGGCUAGCGGCCCGCACCUUAAACGGCAUAUUUUAUAUAUAUUAUAUAUAUAUGAUAUGUGAGUUAGCCCGGCCCCUCUGGUGAAUGUAUUGAAGGCAACGAGUGUGUGCAAUGAUAGACAGACAAGGAGUGUCUGAGACUUUCUGCUCAUUGCCUUCUUCCUGCGCUGCUGCUCCAGGCCGCUCUCUGACAGGAUGGCUUUCUCCUCAGAGGAGCUGGGGUCCUCAAGACCAUCGCUGCAUUCUCUGUUCAUUUGGACAAACGAUGCCUGAAUAAAAGAAAGUCAGAGUCCGGCCUGGGCCCAGCGCGGGAACUAUCGAAGCAAAGUCUUCCAAAGCUCCUAGCCUUGAGCUCAGAGAACGUAAAAUCAGACUAUGGGGGGGUGGUUUCCUUGUUCUCUCUCCCAAUCUGCCAAAGGCCUGUGGGCGGAGCCUUCGGACCCUGCCCGCGUAUGAUAUUGAGGGGCGGGGUCUACGCCUGGACGCUCUCGCCAAGAUUAGAACAGAUUAGAGAAGAAAUGAAAAAGAAAAACCUACCUCAGGGUAAAGUUACCUCAGUAUUCCUUACUUUUUUUUGCUUGCUGGUGUUUUAUAUAAGAAGAAAAAAAGAAAGAGCUGAUAGUCCUGAAUAUUUUAAAUUUUUUUAAAGAAAAAAAGUAUUUUUUUUUAGGUAUUGUCUUGUUGCUUUGGUUAUUUUUUUCUGUUUUUUGGUGUGUUUGAGGAGUGUGCUCAGGAUGGCAGGGAGGUUUUCUCAGAUCAGAGUGAGAUACACCGCUGGAGGAAUCGGGUCCAGCGCCAUUUUGCCUUUUUUGUGUGAGAAAACACUCCCCAUCCUGCUGAAGUGUGUGAGAUAUUGGCCAAUGGGGAGUGGUGUUCACUGGAGGGGAGGUCCUUAAGUGUUUCACGCCAUCAGAGUGCCCUGCAGGACCUCCCUCUCCUGCCUUACUGUGAUGACAUCAUCACCAAGCGCCAAACAUUUUGAGAGGGCGUUAAGUGUUUCUCAGCCACAAAGAAGAAAUCUAUCAGUGAGCCUUGAAGGCUGUUUUCUUCAGAGUCAAGUGACCCAUGUGCAGCGUGACUGUACAUGGAGGCAGAUAGGAGCAUUCUAGCUACACACACACUCACACAACCACACACACACUUACACAACCACACACACCUGAACUAGCUCUGACUUCUCUGAAUGUGAAUAUUUAUUACCUGUGCACUGACCGCAACACCUCAGACGCUCCCUGUUGGCCGUGUGUGUGUGUGUGUGUGUGUGUGUGUGUGUGUGUGUGUGUUCACUCGUUUUAAAUGUUUAUUUCUGUCAGGAGAAGUGGUUGGGUGAAAAAAGCAGAAAAAAGUAGGACGAGAACCUAUGGAAGAGAUCCAAAACCAUUGAAAAAAUGGGAGCAGAAAAAGUCGAGUUUAAAACAUCCUUCACACAGCUGAGUAAUAGAUUCAAACCUGUACAUAAGAUGCUCUAAAGGUCAUCACUACACUUUUGUAUUUUUGGAGAAAAAAUCGUAGGAAUGAGAAAAGCCGCUGAGAGGGGAAGAUGGCACCGAGUCACUGACGGACACUGCCAGAUUACUCAGAAUCUUUUUAAAGUCUUACCUGCCCUCAGCCACACCACCAGCUCCCCAUCACACAGGGAACCUCUAUUCUAUUGUGUCUAUGCUUCCAUUUUUUGCCCGGAGGUGGUAACUUCACCAUGGUGUCAAGUUUCCACCUCUUUUCCAAACCACCAAGACACCAUAUUUAGGAUUCACUAUUCAGCCUGCAGCCAUUUGGAUUAGGAUCCAUUCUUUUUUCUUUGAUUUAUUGAGUUUUUUUACAAUACAGCAAGCUUUAUUUGGACGUGACAUCUGGGGGCGUACUGUUGCACUAAUUAAUGAAUAAUGUCGACAACGUCAAACUACGAAAAAGGACUGAGAACAUCCUGUAACACCUGAUGCAAUUUUAAAGAAUUAAAGGGAAGAGGAAGCGGGGGAGGAGUUUAUGAUGAUUUCAACCAUCUCCUUUCUUCUCACCCCCCCUCUGUCCUUCCACAUGAUUCAGUGCUAUCUCCUCGCCCUUCUGUACUCCGGGAGGAGAGUGACAUGUUUUAAAACCUUUUAUUUAAAGAAAUCAUUUCAUUUUUGGAGCAGGCGGGAACGUCAGGGUCCCUCGCCCUCUCUUGCGCUGGUCUCCAUCGUGUUCGUUUUGCUCACUGUUCAAGACCUUUUUAUUUACUUUAACAACCUUUUUUGUUUGGACCCUUUUUGGAAACAUUUGAUUUGUUCUUUUGUUUUUUUUAUUUACAAAUCUAACAAAACAGCAACUAAAUAGGACAACAUACUAACAUGUAGCUCAGUAACUGUGCUAACACACAGUAAGGGCUCAGUCCAACAUGCAGUAUAGAGCCAUGUUGAGCAAAUAACCUGGAAUACUGCUGCAGAGAACAGCAGUGAGACAUCACCCUGACUGGGACCUCAUCUGCUUUACCUCUCUGCUGCCAGGGAAACACUACACUCUUCACACAGACAUGAUUUCAAGGACACCAGUGCAUGCUUUAUCCCACUAAACGCAAUUUAAUAUUACUGCUGGACAUUCUCCAGAAGACAUAACAGUCACAUAUUUAGAUUUUCUGAAGCCAAUAUUUUCACAAUUAUACAAAAAUGAUUUUUGACAUGCUAAAGUUAGUUCGAAGGAUUAUCAUAUUGUCAUUGCAAACAAUACAACCAAAUAGAACGGUCAUUCUGCCUGCUAUCACACAUGUCAAACAGUAGAAAAGAUAAAAGAAGAAGAAAAAUAUGUUUCACAAUGAACAUGGCCUGAGUACGCUGUUAGGGAGUAAUAACCUGCUCUCCUUUGGUGUCUAGAACUAACACAUUUACGAUUAAAGAUGUGGCACAUAUCUUUCUUUUUACACUCAAUGUUUCUCAGCAAAAAACAUUGAUUAGAUAGCGGUCGAAUAAACAAACACGAGCAGUAAACACAACACUGACACAUUUCAGCUUAAAAGUUGAUACGGCUAACGUGUUAGCACACAAUAUAUCUGGCCUGUAGCUGCUCAAUGUUUAGCAGCUUCUAGAAUAGCUGCCUUCUGUGGCUCAAAGUGAUGUUUUGACACCAAACCAAUCAGCUAAAGGAUGCUAAAAUGCUACAGAGAUUUGAGGCAGAUAAUUUUCCAUAAAUGUUAAAGGCUAAUGUUUGCUUCAGAACAUGGUCAGCACUAAUGUUAACAACAUGCAUUAUUGGCUCAAAGCUCACUGGUUUUAACCCUUCAUUUCUAUUUCUAUAAUUCAAGCUUGGGAUUUGAGAGUUGUGGGUAAUUCACCACACGCUUCUUGUUUGUGGCAGCAGAAGACCUGAUGACAUGUAGCUCAGCCCUGACGGACGCUCAACAGCUGAGACUCUAAGACGGCCGCCAAGUCUCCACAAAUUAUAAAACAAAAUGGCAGACUCGGCGCUACCGAGACGAAACAACCUGACCUCUUGACACAUAACUAGGAACGCUACCUCAACCAUAAACAAACUCAGCUCGAAGAAUGUUUCUUUAUUUUAUUUUUUCACACGCAGACAAGAGCAAACAGUCAGUGGACAGACGUGCAGACAGAAAGGAGUCACCAUGUCUUCUUCACGCUUCCAAUAUAAUUUAUUUUUGUUUUUUUGAAAUUGUCCCUCUUCAGCUUAGAACUGGGGCUGUAAAGAUAAAGAAGUAAAACAAAAAUAUGUCAAAAAAGACAAACACCCCGCCCCCUCAAGGUAACCUGAUUGGACCAUCUGGCCCAAUCAUAACAAAGUGUUCACUUCCACUCUGAAAUAGUUUCUAUUUUACAACUUCUCAGAGUUGGAAGCCGAUUCAAUGAGUCCGCUCACUUUGAAUCAGAACUCACAGCUAAAUGCAGACACUUACGGCCCGUCCACACAGCGGCGUGGGUUGAAGUUUGCCGGCGGGCGUGUCUGAAACUCGACCAACAACCAAUCACAUGAAUCUCCCUCCCCUGACACACAAGCAGCGGUUUGAUUGGCUAGAGCUUGUACUGGCAUAUGAUUUGAUUGGCUGACGCUUCUGCAGAGGCUUCAAAAGUUGAACAUUGCUCAACUUUUGCAGCUCCGCUUCGCUUCCCACAAUGCAGUUCGGCGAAAAGUGACGUCACCCCAUUCAAAGUGAAUGGUGAAGCUUUCAACGCACACCGCUGUGUGGGCGGGCCGUUAAUGCUAGCAGCUGCCCCCCCUGUCAUUUCACCUCCUGAAUCAAGGGGCACGACACCUGUAACCAUAUCAUUAUUUUUAUGAUCUACCUCUUGGGAAAAAUAGGUAAAUGUUUUUUUGAAAAAGGACACAAAAAUCAAAAAAAAUAAUAAGUUGCUCGAAUGAAAGAUAGGUAAAUGAAUAACUGGGUAGCGGCAUCUCCAUAUACUGUAGUGGAUAGUCUAUUAAAGGAACAAAACUUUUACUUCUUCCAAAGAUGAUUUUCUUUCUCCAUUUUUAGUUGUUUUCAAAUGAUUCUGAAGUGGAAUAAUACUAAAAGUGGGAGAGGUAAACUUGCCUCCUGUUUUUUAUUUUCUUUCUUAAAAAACCCAACAUAAAUGAGAUACUCUUUCUCCUCGAUUUCCAUUUCCUUUUCUUCAUUUCGUUAAACUUACACUUUUUUUAACUUCAGAAUACUCUUGAUUUAUUUUGGUUGAAUUCUAAUUUUCUCUUUUUUUAUGACAGCAGAUUGUAUCUCUUGUGUUUGGGUGCAUUUAGUAUUUUCUUUCUACAUGAGUUAGAGUGCCCUGCGAGGACCUUCUACACUAAUCCAUGAUCUAUUUUCCUUAAUAAUAAUGAAUGGUUUAAAAGCAAAAGGACCUGUUGUUGCUGACUGUGGAGCUGCAGGUGGAAGGAGGGUGGGGGGCUCUGUAUCCUCUGUGUCCUCCUCGCGCUGCUCCGAGCUCAGGCUCUGUGUGAUGGUGCAGCAGCGUGAGGAGGCUCCGCCCCUCCUCCUCCCCCAGAAGCUCCUCUGGUCUUUACAGUAUAUGGACUUUCACCCUCUGCCUGCCUGAUUCCUUUAGUCCUCAUCAACACUUGUUUUAAACUCAUUGUAAACAAAACAGAGCAUAGAUAUGAAUGUGUUAUUAAAAGAUGAGAAAACAGAC